UAUCGUCGCGGAUUCGGCGGCAGGAACAUGGCGGCUGUGGCAGGCCGAGUAUCGGUAUCGGAAUCACUAAACAAAAAUUCGACCAGAGAAAAUAGGAGUUACGGAUACAUGGGAUUUGCUGGAUGAAAUAUAAGCAGUUAAUUUUUGUAACGUGGGAAGAAAUCCCAAAUUGCCAAAUUACAUGUGUAAAUCACUGCGUUAUUGCUUUAGUCAUUGUCUCUAUUUAGCAAUGACAAGACUGGAAGAAGUAAACAGAGAAGUGAGCAUGCAUUCUUCAGUGCGUUAUCUUGGCUAUUUAGCCAGAAUCAAUUUACUGGUUGCUAUAUGUUUAGGUCUUUAUGUAAGAUGGGAAAAAACAGCAAAUUCCUUACUUUUGGUAAUUUUUAUUCUUGGUCUUUUUGUUCUUGGAAUUGCCAGCAUACUCUAUUAUUAUUUUUCAAUGGAAGCAGCAAGUUUAAGUCUCUCCAAUCUUUGGUUUGGAUUUUUGCUUGGCCUCCUAUGCUUUCUUGAUAAUUCAUUCUUUAAAAACGAUGUGAAAGAAGAAUCAACCAAAUAUUUGCUUUUAACUUCUAUAGUAUUAAGAAUAUUAUGUGCUUUGGUGGAGAGAAUUUCUGGUUAUGUCCGUCAUCGACCCACUUUACUAACCACAGUUGAAUUUCUGGAACUUGUUGGAUUUGCCAUUGCCAGCACAACUAUGUUGGUGGAAAAGUCUCUCAGUGUCAUUUUGCUUGUUGUAGCUUUGGCCAUGCUGAUUAUUGACCUGAGAAUGAAGUCUUUCCUAGCUAUUUCAAACUUAGUUAUUUUUGUAGGCUUAUUGUUUUUCUCCUCAUUGGAAACUCCCCAAAAUCCAGUUGCUUUUGCAUGUUUUUUUAUUUGCCUGAUAACUGAUCCUUUCCUUGACAUUUAUUUUAGUGGGCUUUCAGUGACUGAGAGAUGGAAACCCUUUUUGUACCGUGGAAGAAUUUGCAGAAGACUUUCAGUUGUUUUUGCUGGAAUGAUUGAACUUACAUUUUUUAUUCUUUCAGCAUUUAAACUUAGAGACACUCAUCUCUGGUAUUUUGUAAUACCAGGUUUUUCCAUUUUUGGGAUUUUCUGGAUGAUUUGCCAUAUUAUAUUUCUUUUAACUCUUUGGGGAUUUCAUACUAAAUUAAAUGACUGCCAUAAAGUAUAUUUUACUCACAGAGUAGAUAACAACAGCCUUGAUAGAAUCAUGGCAUCCAAAGGGAUGCGCCAUUUUUGCUUAAUUUCAGAGCAGUUAGUUUUUUUUAGUCUUCUUGCAACAGCAAUUUUGGGAGCAGUUUCCUGGCAGCCAACAAAUGGAAUCUUCUUGAGCAUGCUUCUAAUUGUUUUGCCAUUGGAAUCCAUGGCUUAUGGGCUCUUCCAUGAAUUGGGUAAUUGUUUAGGAGGAACAUCUGUUGGAUAUGCUAUUGUGAUUCCUACCAACUUCUGCAGUACUGAUGGUCAGCCAACACUUCUUCCACCAGAACAUGUACAGGAGUUGAACUUGAGGUCUACUGGCAUGCUCAAUGCUAUCCAAAGAUUUUUUGCGUAUCAUAUGAUUGAAACCUAUGGAUGUGACUAUUCCACAAGUGGACUUUCUUUUGAUACUCUACAUUCCAAACUGAAAGCUUUUCUUGAACUUCGGACUGUGGAUGGACCUAGACACGAUACAUAUGUUUUGUAUUACAGUGGGCACACCCAUGGCACAGGAGAGUGGGCUCUUGCAGGUGGAGAUAUACUACGCCUUGACACGCUUUUAGAAUGGUGGAGAGAAAAGAAUGGUUCUUUCUGUUCCCGACUUAUUAUUGUAUUAGACAGUGAGAAUUCAACCCCUUGGGUGAAAGAAGUAAGAAAAAUCAGUGACCAGUAUAUUGCAGUGCAAGGAGCAGAGAUGAUGAAGACAAUAGAUAUUGAAGAAGCUGACCCACCGCAGCUUGGUGACUUUACAAAAGACUGGGUAGAAUAUAACUGCAACUCCAAUAAUAACAUCUGCUGGACUGAAAAGGGACGCACAGUGAAAGCAGUAUAUGGUGUCUCGAAACAGUGGAGUGACUACACUCUGCAUUUGCCAACUGGAAGUGAUGUGGCCAAGCACUGGAUGUUACACUUUCCUCGUAUUACAUAUCCACUAGUACAUCUGGCAAAUUGGUUGUGUGGUCUGAACCUUUUUUGGAUCUGCCAAAGUUGUUUUAGGUGCUUAAAAAGAUUAAAAAUGAGUUGGUUUCUUCCUACUGUGCUGGACACAGGACAAGGCUUCAAGCUUGUCAAAUCUUAAUUUGGAAACCAAAAUAGAAUAUUAUUAAGAGUUCAUACUACCAGUUAUAACUAAUUUGUCAUUUUUUGUACAUUAUAUUCUUAUUUGUGAAAAAUAUCCUGUUAUUCCUGUAGCUGCUCUCACUUUGUCUUUUCUCAAGUAAUUAUGGUAUGUAAGUAGUUGGGAAUAACCAUUCUUUUGUACUAAAAGUAUAUAGAGAUUCAGAAAUUCUAACUUGUAAGUGCAUAAGAGAUGUUAAAAAUAACUGCACUUUGAUAAAUGUUUGCAUUAGAAAGAAAACACUUGUCUAUGCAGUGAAAUUACUUAUGCCUUAUUUUCUAGGCAUAGACCAGAGGAUGUUUACUAUUAUAAUAAAACUUCAGAUUUGCAUACAGAAGAUUAUUUUUGUGAACAGUAGGUUUGUGUCCAAGACCAUUUGAAAAAUUACAAACUUUCUUAGGCAAAAAAAGAAGUCUACCUGAAAUGCAUGCAAAAUUUGCUUACAGUCCAUCACAUUCAAAUGUCUUGGUUGUGACCUAGCACAAAUCACUGUUCAGAUCAAAACAUUUUUUAUGUAGGUAACUAUAAAAGGCUAGAGCCUAAAAGUUGCUCCUUCAUGAAUUGUUGGGGGCCUAUGAAAGUACUGGCAAUUUUAAGAGUCUUUGUCAGGAUAACCAUGUUUUUUUUAAUAAACAAUGUUUUCAGCUACAAAUUCCUUCCAAAUAUAUUGUCUUCCUUUUCAAAAAGUAAUCUUAUAAAUUUAGCAAUUUCUUAUUGAUUUAGGCUAUUUUCAGUAUUCAGGAAUUAUUUUGAUCUCUAUAUAAAAGUUCUAAAGUUCAAUCAUGAAAAUUAUUUUUCAAAUCUCCAUUAGUGAUAUCAUUUUUUAUUUUUUACUGAAUGUGAAAGGAUUGGAAGCAGGUCCUUUUUUCCUGUAUACAUGUAACAUAUUGUGUAAAAAUGUAUUCACAUUAACAAUUUUACUUAAGCAUAAUGGUGAAAUUGUAAUUUUUAAAACUUAAUUCAUGUUUUGUCUCAUUAAAGCAAGCACUGAUCAGGAUAUCUUCUAAGAGGUAAUUUACCUCCUUUCUAGUAAUCUUUACAUUCUAAAUUUUUACCUCUGGGAAAUAACAAGAAGGGAAUAUAAUUAAAUUGGGGGAUAAACUAAUUUCUGGUGUUUAAAUGGUGUCACUUCUUACCUUCAGAGCCAUUUUUCCAGCCUCAGAGAGAGGAAAUAAUGCCUUCACCUUUCCAUUGCUUUUUAGAGACAGUGGAGGGGGGCGGGGGGAACAUUGAUGUGAGAAAGACACACCAAUUGGUGGCCCCUGCACGUGCUCCGACUCGGGCCAGGGACUGAGCCUGCAGCUGAGGUACAUGCCCUUGACUGGAAUCGAACCUGACAUCCUUCAGUCUGAGGGCUGAUGUUCUAACCACUGAGUAAACCGGCUAGGGCGAUGUCUCCACCAUUUUUUACCUGGUGACUUGAAAACACAAGUUUUAGGUAGGAAGAAGUCACUUAGCAUCAAGGAACUUGUAUACCACUAUCUAUGCAGUAUUGUUAUAGUUUGAUUAUUUCUGUUUUGAAUAUGAUAUUCCUAAUUCUUUGAAUAAAAUUUUGUUAAAAAUGUUUUAUGUAAUGUGCAAAUAACAGUUAUUGAGUACUUUAAUAUACUGCAAGUGAUAGUCCAGAAAUGCCUUUGCAUUAGAGUUCAUGGUUGAUAGCAGGCUGAUUUGAAAAUUUCUUGGUAAAGUAUCUAGGUCAACAUCAUCCAAAUGCAGUAGUAUCAUGUUUUCUUACUUUUCAGAAAUAGCAUAGCAGAAAAGCAGAUAAAAGUAUGAACUUAUAUCUACAAAAAAACAAAUUAAUGCUAAGUAAAGUCCCUUUAAAGUUUCGGAGCCAAUAUUGAACAAAUUAGCUUUAAAACGUAUCUCUUUACUCUGAGAAAGUCAAAUUUAAAGGUAUAUUCUGCAUUCUUUAUAAAGUAUUAAGAUAGUACUAAAAAUCAUAUUCAAAAGAUAGCAUAUAUUUUUACAGCCACAAAACUAAUGUUUUGACCUAUUUUCUAUGAAAGUACAAUCAAAACUGUUCUGGGCUAAAAAUGUGACUUGAGCCUUUUAACCAAGAGUUGUGGAAUAUCCACUUUGAUGGAUUCUCCUACCCAAACAAACAAAAACUAUAAAUGACUCUUAAGAAAUAGCAUUCGAAAUUAAAAUUGCCAGUUUUAAAACAGUAAAAUGAUAGUACUAUAUAAAGAAUGAAUAUUAUAGGAAGGGUCAAUUGGUUACUUUUACCUAAAGAUUAAAAAAUCUGAUUAAUUUUAUUAUGGCUUUCAUUUUAUAUAUCGUGUUUAGGAGGGAGUUACUUGGAGUAGUGAUAGGGAUUAUUUUAGGGCAAAACUCCAUUCCACUAUAAAGAAAUAAGUAACAUGGAGAUAUUUUUCAAUGUAAUGACUUAAUUUGUUUUGUUACAUGAUACCUUGAUAAAACCACAAAAGCACUGCCC